AUGCGGAAAGAAUUCUACACCACUUUGUCACAAGACUUCUCUCAACUUCUCGAGGAUGCCGAUGACUAUAACGUUAUUAUUAAAGUUGGGGAAAAUGCCAAUACUCGAAAUUUUUUUGCUCAUUCUGCGAUAUUAAGGGCACGUUCGCCUUACUUCAAAAGAGCGCUUUCUGAUCAAUGGACCGUCAAGAAAGAUGGAAUAAUUUCAUUUACUAAAUCGAACAUUUCCCCGACCGUUUUUUCUUUAAUUCUUAAGUAUAUCUAUUCCGGAAUUCUCGACCUGACGGAAGUCCCUGGAACUGAUUGUCUUGACCUUCUG